AAUUCUCCCCGCAUCGCCCCGCCAUCUGUAACCGGCGCUGCGGAUCCAUUCGAGCGGAGCGUGUGAAACGUGUUAGAUCGGCCGAAUGGGGAGAUUCGAGCCAUCGGGGGGCCCGUGGGCGGGCGUGAACACGGCACCUCGCCCUUCCCCCCUCUCCAUCCAGAACACAGCGGAUUUGUAACGAUGGGGAGCGGCGGCGCUCAACACACGGGACAGACAGAGGCUGGAGGUUGGGCUCCCUGUGAGAAGAGGGAAUCUGUCAUGGAUAGCAGACUACAGUUGCUCGCUUGUACCUUCUCACUCCAACUGCUGGCAGCGGUUGUUAGCGGAUCAGACGUCACUCUGUCACCACCCAAACCCGAGGAUACCCCUUCUGCAUUGUUAUCCUCAGAGAGCUCCUCGUUCCUCACCAAUUCUCAGUCUCCACACAGCUUCACAGUUCAACCGAUUCCCCACCGCAAGGAUUUACUGAAUAUUUCUUCUGUCCCCAGUGGCUUCAUUUGGCCAACUGCAAGUGAACCCCAUGCCCCCACCAGUUCAGUGCAGGUGAGGUCUGUAGAAGUGCAACCUCACAGUGAGGAUCUGGAUUCCGGUGUUCAGGCUGAAGAGCUGGACAGGGAGCAGGCAUUAAAUAGCAAACCUUCUACAUCAGAGUCACUGGGCAGUCUGGCAUUACCAACAACUCCUCUGGCUGAAGACUUAGUCCAAGAGCUUGUGGGCUGUCCAGGCUGCCAGAAACCUGAAGGAAUCUCAGAAGAGGAGCCAUUCACCCAGGCAAGUUUGGAUCUGAUAAAAGGGGCAGAGGGAAGUGGAGAGACUUCCAGACCCAUGCGAGGGAGCAGCACGCUGAAAGAGAAACAGGAUGCUAAGUUGUUUAGGUAUGAAGAAGCCACUGACUUCCCAGCCCAGGGAACAGAAGGAAGCACUGACUAUACAAGGGUGGACCAGAAGAAGCAACUAUGGUCUGAACAGCAUACCAUCCCUGCCCAACAUCUCUUGACAACUAAUGAACCUUCUAAACUACCCACAGGAUAUAUUCAUGACCUUAACAAUGAUUCUUCUGAGAACUUUCCCAUUGUUGAAUCUCCAGAUGUUUCCAUCACAUCGUCCAACUUAGACUCCACAAAUGACUUCUUGUCUGAUCUUCCUUCCUUGACUCCUCCCCUGGAUCAUCGUGAUUCUGGUGUUGAAAUGGCCACAUUAUAUUAUUGGGAUGAAAUGGCCCCUGAGUUGGAACGUGAGAAUGAAUUUCGAUUGACCACGGUCUCUCCUAAGGUACAAACCAUAUUAGUGAAAGAAGAAGACAUGGCCAAGCAAACUAUCUCCAGUCCAGACUUCAUUUCAGAAUCAUACCUAACUGUCUUCACUAACACCUCCGACUCAGACUCCGGCCAAGACAUUAGUCUGUCACCCCUUGUACUUGGGGAGGACAGAAAGGACUGCAAACUGGGAUAUCUGAAGCAGAACAAAACCUGUAAAUCCAUCUGUGACUUGGCCCCAAAUUACUGCUACAAUGGUGGACAAUGCUUUGUCAUGGAAGAUGUUGGAGCAAUUUGCAGAUGCAAUGCUCAGGAUUAUAUCUGGCACAAAGGGAUUCGGUGUGAAUUUAUCAUCACAGAGUUCCAGGUGAUGUGCAUAGCGAUUGGUUCUUCAGCAGCAGUCAUCCUGCUCCUCUUCAUGCUCACCGUUUUCUUUGCAAAGAAGGUUUACUCUUUAAAAACAGAAAAUAAAAAGCUUCGGAAUCGGAGCAAAUACAGGCCCCAGCUGGAACAACACAAUGACAAUUUUUCUCUCUCCACCAUUGCUGAAGGAUCCCAGGCAAACGACGACGUGAACGGACAAAAUAAAAUCCACGAGUCAUUAAAAACUUGCCCAAAAGACGACGACUCGUUCAACGUGCAAAACAACUGGACGCCGAAGCAGAAAGAGAGCGCGAACGCGGAGGUAAACUCGGCGCAGAACAACGUGAUGUAGAUCUACCGCAAUAAAUGUGCAGUGAUUUUUAUAUUUGUUUCUCCCCCCGCCUUAUGGAAGACUUCGCAUGCUUUGAUGUAUUUUAUAUGAAUAUAUAUAUGUAAAGAGAAAUAAUUACGAGAAACCAUUUGUUAUUCGUUUGACAAAACAAAGGACAUGCCACACAACACAAAACCUCCCCUGAAAUGAAUUGUGAUCCCUCCCCCACCCUCGUUUAAAUGGACUUAUGUGUUGCAUUUUAAUGAGGUGAUUUACAUUCGUUGCUGAGUUUUUGUUCUGGUUCUCUAAGACAAUCUUUUAUCGCAACUGCGUUUAUUGUUUAAUCGGACAGUCAGAAAACAAAAAAAAAUGUCAAUAUUGAAAUAAAUCUUUUUAAAUUGA